GAGAUGUCAAAUCAAAUUGUUUCCGUCACAAUUUCUAAGCAAAUUUUUUCUAUUAUAGUUGUUUUGUGGGAGUGCAACUCAAUUUUCGAUUAAUUUCAAUAUAGAAGUGUUGAAGGUUGUAUGUGAACAAACAAGGUUUUUACAAAAUUAAAUAUAUAUGUGCAAAGUAAACACGAUAACUUGCUGCGCAAUGCUGUUAUAAUCAUACUGGAUGACAAACAAUAUAGACUACACUCCUCUAGUUUUUCCAAUAAAAAUCUUACUGUGUUUUCCUGCGUACUUUCAAUAACAGUGUGCCACUAAAGCUGCUACAAUUUGGAUAGUAUCAAAGCUUCGGUUUAGUUAUCAAUAAACAUGUCAGUCGAUGUUACUGUGCUACCAUCUGAGCUAUUGGUUGCACCACAACCACUAAUUGGUUUCUGUGGGCUGGACACAACGCACAAUGUUGUGCACAAAGCUAUCUGGGAUGCUUUUAGCACCAAUAGAAAGGCCGAUAGAGCUGCCGUGCAGUUCAAGCUGUUGCCACCGGGUUAUGAAUUCCCUGUGGCUAAGCCGAAACGCGCUUCCUACGAUUGGUAUCAACCCAAAGGUAUACUAAAAAGAAAUUGGAUGCUCAAGCAUUUGCAUGUGCUGCCUGCGGUAGUCGUGCUGUUCCAGGAUAUGGAAUGGAACGAUCCACAAUGGUCUGAGAAGCAGGUGCAAUGUGCGUCUACAAUACAAAGCCUGAAGAGUGCGCUGCAGGAGCGAAAUACACGCUUAUGUCUAGUGUUGUUGCAAAAGUCAUCACCGCUACCGCCGGGUGAAGAUUUAUUAGCAUCUGAACGUGCCGCCAGCUUAACCACAGCUUGCGGUAUCAAUACCAAAAUGCUGUUCAUCCUGCCGCAUACGGAGCAUUUAAUGGGCUAUACACUGCGCUUGGAAUCUGCGUUCCUUGAUAUGGCUCAAUCCUAUUAUGCGCUCAUGUCUAAGCGUGUACGUGGCCAUCGUGAUCAUUUAACUGUUGCGCAUACAACACUUAAGAUACGUCAUCAGUUCAAAUUAGGUUUUAUUGCGGAAAUCAGACAGGAUUUUAGUACCGCAUUGAAGCAUUAUACUCAGGCUUAUGCAACACUCGAUGAGAUACGCAUAACCGACACUAAUUGCCUUGAAAUGAAAACUAUAGCCGGUUUCCUGAAUUACAAACUAUGUCGGUUAAUGUUCAAAUUGAAGGUGCCGCGUGAUGCAAUCAACCAUUUUAUAAGUCAUAUAGAGAAAUAUAGAAAUCGUGUAGGCUUUAAGGAUUUGAUAUUCGAACACUACGCCUGGUUGAGUACGCAACAUAGUGUGUUCGGCGAACUCUUUUGUGAGGCGAUAAAAAAUGGUUUACCUGCAUUACAAACUCAAAAUCCUGGCAUUUACUACAAUAAAGCGGCUGAAUAUACCAAGAAGCGCAAGGAAGCAUUUCUUGAAAGUAGCGCCAUGUUACUAAGUCCCACUGAUCCUAAUACACCAACCGGUGUACAAAAUAAUAACUUAUUGGCAUUAUACACUGAAUUCUUUGGCAUACGUGCGGUCAAAACUGGUGAUCCCAUCUCAGAGCAGCAAACAAACUUGCUUAUACGUGAGCACGAAAAAACUUUCAAUCACUCGAACGCUAUAAUAAAUUUGCUUAGCCUAUCACGUGCACAAUUUAAAAUUUACAAAUGUCCACGAUUUCGUAAUAAACUCGCGAUCGAGAUGGCCGAAGAGUAUUAUAAAAGUGGCGAUCAUGCCAAUGCAUUAACCCUUUACUCAGUCAUGCUGACAGAUUAUCGACGCGAACAGUGGUCCUCCAUAUUCUCGGAUGUUUUAAUGAAGACUUUGCGUUGCGCCUUCUUAACCGCUUCCAUAACCGACUUUAUAGCCUGCAGCAUUGAGGCAUUGUCGCUGCGCGUUAAUUGCGAGCAAAAAGAGCGCAUAAUUGUAUUGGAAAAUUUGUGGAAAGUGUUUCAAGGCGCUGCGCCCAUCUCUCAAGGGCAAAGUGCACCUGAAAUUAUCGAACGCUGGGAUAAUGCUUUCACAGCGGCAAAGUCACCCAUUACAAUAGAUAUGGAUAAGCUCACUAAGCUUAUAGAAAUGUAUGUGACUUUCGAGCAUUUGGAGUUGAAAAACGAUGAUACCAUCAACGUGCAACUAAUUAUUAAGCUGCUCACAGAUGUACCGAUUAAAAUACGUCAUUGCGCCAUCAUACUGACAGAUGGCACACACUUCUACAGAUUACCCGCCAGUAAAUGUAAAUCAUUCCAAAAUUUGUCCGAAAUGCAUGUAGCUCACAAUAAUGGCGUACAACAACAACAAGCGGAAAUUGCAUUACAACACUUUGAUCCGAAUUUGAAAUUAGAACCGCAUCUCUACUAUCAAUUGCAUUUCUAUACAGAGGCGUAUCAAUUUUUGGAGAACACGCAAUUACGUGUUGCACGCAUUGAAGCACAAAUGGGUUCGGAAAAAUUGACUGUGCAAUUAACCAAGUCAGCAUUUUUAGCACGCCAUCCAUUUCGUCAUUACAGUCGUAGCCGAGAUCUGGAUGAUAAUAUUGAAAUUAAUCCAUUGUGUUAUAUCACACCCACAUUCCAUUUGAAUACGCAUUGCAAUCUUGGUAAAGAAACGCAAAUGCUAGUGAACGAAUACUAUCCCAUAGCGACGACAAUAAAUAACCCAUAUAAUGUUUUCCUGCAAAAUGUCAGUCUCAACAUUAGCGUGCCGAGUAGUUUGCGGAAUCAAGUAUUUCUUACCACAGAUUUAUCGCCCGGUCGCCAGAAGUUGCAUUCGCACAUACAAAUCGACACUGGCGAAUUGACCAUGCAAGGUUCGAACUCCGUGCUUUAUUAUGUAUUCAGUUUGGUGGAGACACCAAUUGCGCUACAGCAAAAGACUUCCUACGUCAUUGACAUGCAGCGUCCAAAGGCAGCGACUACAUUGACACAGAUUGACAGUGGCACCCCCAACAGCGUGGAGAAUUCGCCUGAAAAUGUACGCAACUUCAUUCCUCCCGUUGAUGUGCAGCCGCUUACGGUUUCAACACCAGUCCAAAUUGAGUUCCUCGACGAGAGUCGACUACGCAAAACGCGCGAAGACACCAUCAAUAUAAAAUGUGAUCUCGACUUUCGGUUCUCGGCACGUUUCUACACGCUCAGCAAGCGACCGCUCACGAAGGUCUAUCGCGGCGAGAAUUUCCUACUGCGCGCCAACAUCGAAGUGCGUUCGCCGGUCGAUAUUGACAUACUCGAGACGUACUUCAUUUGUGAUCACAAUUUGGUGCAAUCCACGUAUAGUUUUAAGAGGAAAAAGUUCACACAAACCUAUCGCAAUCGCGAUAAGCUCGAAGACGUAAUCAUACUGCGUACGAACGCCGCGACCAGCGAUUGGGCCACUUCGAAAGAUUUCGAACGCACCAAAAGUGGCGAUACACAAUCGGAGCUCUUCAGCCGUUCUAGACACGCGCGCAAACUGCAUGCCAUAAAGAAUAUGCAACGCGAUGCGGGGGUGGUGGGUGAUGCGACCGAUGUAGUCGCUAGUGCGCACAUGAACAAGCACCUCAUGGGCAAAAUACCGAACAACAUGACAAUAAUAAAUAACAGUGCCGGUUCUACGAACUCGCUGUUGGCGAUGGCGAACAAUUCGAUGACAGCUUCUGGUUCUUCGUUCGAUGAGAAACUCAACUCCACUGCGCUGGAGGCAACAGACGGUGUUGAUGGUUCGACGACGACGUUGGCAGCAGCGGCGGGGCGUGCUUUAAAUACGCGUGUUGUCUUCAAUAAAGCAAUAGAAGCGAUUCAAGUCACUGGACACUGUCGCGGUUUCUUCAAACGCAUCGUAACGGCCGAACCUGAAACGCAAGCCACAACAACAACAGCAAUACAGCAGCAACCGAAUUUCGGUGUCUAUUGCAUACGUUGGCGCCGCAGCGGUCACAAAGAGGAAAACGAAUCGAAAUUUCUGAUACAAGGUCUGGAGAUCGAGGAGCCGCCUUUGAAUAUUUACUGCACCAUUGAGGAGAAAAUGUUCGUAAAAAUGCCCAUGACCUAUAAGGUUGUCUUACGUAAUCCCACCUCGAAUGUGUUGCAUUUGGUAGCCACACUGAGCAUUAGCAUAGCGGAUAAUUUCAUUUGCUCCGGUCACAAGCAACUUGAUAUCUCCAUUUAUGCCUAUAGUGAGAAAGAACUGGUCUACAACCUCUACCCGCUAUGCGUUGGCUGGGUGAAUCUGCCCGAGUUAACCAUAGAAUAUAACAUGAAGGCCGAUCCCAAUAAAGACGACACGCAUAAUAAUGUGCUGAGUGAACUGGUGCAGCGCUCAAUACCGAAGAAGGUUUUUGUCUUGCCACCGCUGAAGCAACAGUUGAAAUAAAUAUGGAUUUGCAGUGUAAUUAGUGCGCGGCGUCAAGAAUGCUACUGUUCAAUAAUAUUUAGGUUAAAUAGUUUUGAGAAUGUCGAAAAUAUGCAGUUAAGAUAUGUAUGUAUGUAUAACAACAAAUACAGAGAAAUAUAUAUGUAUGUAUGUAUAAUGGUUUUGAUAUUCAAACACAAAUGGAGGAUAACUGUUUUGAGAACUUUGUAAAAAAAAAUUAAAUAAAAUAUAGAAAUUAUUGAAAUUUAGUAAUUCUAAAGCAAUUUUACUGUAAUAUCGCUUAAACAUGUUUAAGUAAGGAACUACACAAAACUUAUGUAUGUACGCGUCUGCAACUGCUGAGAUAACACAUUUAAUAGACAUCUAGUGUAACAGUAUAUAAUUUACAUAACUGCAUAGCAUUGUAUUUUGUUAUACACUGAUUAUUUCGUAAUUUUUUUUUUAAAUAUUUUUUUCACUUUUUUUUUUUGAUUUUUCGUGUGGGUAGGUAAUACAUAUUGCAUAAAGUGUGCUAAUUAAAAUACAUUAAUUAAUUAUUAUAGUAGUUUUUUAAAAGUUAUGAUACAAUCUCGUUCGUACUAGGCAUUACAAUGUUGUGUAUUAACUAAUUAAUUUAAAUUGUAAUUGUAAUUGUAAUUGUAACUGUGUUAAACAAAACUAAAUUCACUUGAUUAAAAUUACAAUAAAUAGAAGUGUUGUUGUAGUUGUUUUUUUGCUGCACUGAUUGCUAGUAUGUAUUUGUCAAUGUGUAAGUAUGUAUGCAAGUGUAUAAAUUUCAGCACUUAAAUCUCAAUAGUUAUCACUGCGUAUCACUUGUUGCUCGAGGUGAAUUUGAAAACUCCUCUUCUUUGGCUGCGAUUCUCAUUCUGCAAAAAAAAAAUUAAAAUAU